UCUCUAUUUCAACACUUCAUCUUCUAUCCUGCUUUCAAAAAUGGCGGUACGUCUAAGCCUCACUCUACGCCACCCGCUUCUUCCCACCAGUUAUCCAAUUCCAGUCAGAGCUACUCAAUUCCGCAGAUUCGCAGUUCAGAAUUGCGUCUCCGAUUCCGAUGACUCUCGCAAGCUUGUCUUGGAAGUGAAGGAGAAACUCGAAAGAGAAUAUUCUAGUCUUCCUCUUGGUCGGAAUGGAAGGGACGACGAAGAGAUGAUCCUCUGGUUUCUGAAGGACCGAAAGUUUUCUGUUGAAGACACGGUUGCAAAAUUAACAAGAGCUAUUAACUGGCGUCGGGAAUUUGGAGUAGAUGAAUUGUCUGAAGAUAAAGUAAAAGAAAUGGCUGAAACUGGGAAGGCAUUCAUCCAUGAUUUUCUUGAUGUCAACGACCGGCCAGUACUCCUUGUCGUGGCUUCCAAGCAUUUACCUGCAAUCCAUGAUCCUGUUGAGGAUGAGAAAUUGUGUGUGUUCUAUGUAGAGAAGGCACUGAGCAAGCUUCCACCUGGAAAAGAAGAAAUACUUGGAAUAGUUGAUCUUCGAGGUUUUCGUACUGAGAAUGCAGAUCUUCGGUUCUUGACAUUUUUGUUUGAUGUGUUCUACUUCUACUAUCCAAAACGGCUAGGUCAAGUCCUCUUUGUAGAAGCUCCAUCUGUGUUCAGACCACUAUGGCAACUUACCAAGCCAUUACUAAAAUCGUAUUCCUCUCUGGUGAGAUUUUGUUCCGUAGAUACAAUAAAAAAGGAAUACUUUACUGAAGCUACACUGCCCGCCAUCUUUAAAGACUGAGGAAUUAAUGUUGUCACUCUCAGCAAACAGGUCCAAAUUAGGUUGUAUUAAGACAAGCGAGUACUGAAAAGAUUAUAAAAUUCCACCUGUUCAUAUUUUGGGAAAUAAAAAAGAAGAUUCUUUCAAGUACAUUUGAUAUUCACUUUGCUAAUUGUGAGGCUACAUUUCUUCAGAGGUGAAGGUCCGUUAACGCUAAUAAGCCCAUGGAACUUGAAUUCUGCAUAAUCAGGUCCACUGUUGGGUCUUUCUACAAUAUGACGCGGACGCUCUGAUGGAGAAAAUAUUUCAUAGCAAUGAAAAAGUGUAGAAUUCAAUUUUCCCUCUCAAAUUCUAUGUUUUGAUUUGAUACACAAUGAGGAAUCCAGAGAUUUUCAAGUAUUCAAACGUGGACUGUGGAGGUAAGUGAUUCUAUCUAAAAGAAGUUCAAAACUUCAAACACACGAAUAUUUAUUCUUGUUUCAUUUUAAAUUAUCACGAAGUGUUUUUUCUUUCUUUCAAUGUGUUCUAAAUUUACAAAAACAUACCAUAUUGCAUAAAUUCCUCAAAUUAUAACCUCGCAAUUGUGCAAGGCUUCCUUUCUUGUUA